AUGGUGAAUAUUGUAGAGAAAAUCAAAGAGAUUCAAGAUGAGAUGGCUCGGACCCAAAAGAAUAAGGCCACUGAGUAUCACUUGGGUCUUCUCAAAGGUAAGCUUGCCAAGUACAGGCGUAUGCUAUUGGAGCCAGAGCCUGGAAGCAGCAGUGCCAAGGGAAUUGGAUUUGAGGUGGCCAAAAGUGGAGAUGCCCGUGUGUGUCUUAUUGGCUAUCCCUCUGUGGGAAAGUCAUGCUUUUUAUCGCAAGUUACAAAGACGAAAUCGGAGACGGCAGCGUAUGAGUUCACUACGUUAACAUGUGUUCCAGGAGUUUUAGACUACGAAGGAGCAGAGAUUCAAAUUGUUGAUUUACCCGGUAUUAUUAAAGGUGCCAGCGAGGGAAGAGGACGAGGAAGACAGGUGGUGGCCACUGCUAAGACAGCCGAUUUGGUUCUCAUGGUGUUGGAUGCCACCAAGUUCUCUCAACAGAGGCAGAAUUUGGAAAGAGAGUUGGAAUCCAUAGGUAUUCGGCUCAAUAAGCAACCGCCCAACAUGGCAAUAAAAGUGAAAACGUCCGGUGGAAUCAAAUUGAAUUCACUAAAUCCUCCCAAAUAUCUUGACGAAAAGAUGGUUUCGAACAUCUUGAAGGACAACAAGAUCCACAAUGCGGACGUGAUGAUCCGAGAUGAGAACGUCACAGUUGAUGAUUUUGUCGAUGUCAUCAAUGAGAAGGGAAUAGCGUAUAUUCCAUGUCUUUAUGCAUAUAACAAGAUAGAUGCAGUUUCAUUGGAAGAAGUCGAUCGUAUAGCUCGACAGCCUAAUACGGUAGUUAUGUCAUGUGAAUUGUCGCUUGGUAUUCAUGAUGUGGUGGAAGAGAUCUGGUACAGACUCAAUUUGAUUCGUAUGUAUACCAAGAGAAGAGGAGAGCCUCCAGAUUUUGGCGAUCCUAUGGUGGUGAGAGCCGGAUCCACGAUACAAGAUGUAUGUAAUUCGAUCCACAAAGACUUCAAGGAUCAGUUCAAGUACGCAUUGGUUUGGGGAUCGUCAUCCAAGUUUGGUGUAGCUCCUCAAAAGUGCGGUCUUAGUCACAAGGUCCACGACCAAGAUGUCGUCACAAUUGUCGCCAAAUAG